UCUGAUGACGUCAAAGACAUGAAGCCUCUGAAUGACCGGGUUCCCAUCAAGGUUGCUGAGGCUUCAGAUAAGACUGAAGCUGGUGUUAUCCUCACCGAGACAACCAAGGAGAAGCCAUCAAUUGGAACGGUCGUAGCUGUUGGUCCGGGCUCUCUAGACGAGGAAGGCAAGAGGCAUCCAUUGUUGGUGUCAGCAGGUAGCACCGUGCUGUACUCCAAGUACGCAGGCAGCGGGAUGAAGGGAGCUGAUGGCACGAACUACAUUGUGUUGAGAGUGUCAGAUUUGAUGGCUGAGCUCUCUUAA